ACUCUCUAAACUGAGAUUUUCACACAUUAUGAUCCAUACAUAUGUUCCUCACAUACAGGUCUAAUAUGUAAUAACUUUUAAAAGAUGAAUUUGGUUUUGCUGGUGAAAAUUAGAUUCGCCACCUUACAUGAAUGUAACUUGUAAGCUUUUAAGCUGUAAGCUUUUACUGAAUUCUCUAGCUAUACUUUACAACUCUGAGACUCACAAAAAGUUCUCUAGAGGGCAUAAUGUGACCUUAGUAGGUGUUUGGGAGAGGUUUAGAAAGUCAGAGGUUAAAUUAAAUGUUUAUCAUUUUCUAUAUUGAUAUAUUUCAAAACAAUAUGAUGAUAUCUUCCCUCAAACUCAUGGCAGAGUAGAGAAAUUCUGUUUCAUAUUUACAACUUGGCGCUAAAGAACCGACGACCUGGUUCCAAGGUUCAACCCAUGUUGUGUUUGCAAACCUACAGUAGCAUAAACAAACAGACUUCUGGCAGAAAUAACUCUUGUGGUCCAAGUUACUGGAAAACAGUCUCAUUAAACAGACACGCCAUACUAGUUUUAUACCAAAGAUGGAUUUACAUGUAACACUUUCAGAAACAAAAUCUGUGGAAAGUUUUAACUCCUCUGCAUGUGGUCCUUAUUCCAGAAACUCAGGAAAAUGUUGAAAUACGUAUUAACAUUUCUUGUGCUUUUCUUGUUUACUGUUUUGAGCUUAUGAGGUUUAAUUUUUUUCUUACAUUGGCUUGUAUCUGUCUAUUAAGAACAGUUGUUUUUACAAACCCUAGCAACUGGCUUUUAGGAAGAGCGCAAGCUGCCUGUCAGCCAAGGCCUAACAGGAUUACAUGCCGGAAAAUAUUUAAAAAAUCCUAUCGGACAUGCCACUCAACAAUAGCUGUGCACUAAGUUGGACGUCCAAGUCUGAGAGACAACUCUCCUGCUGAUGAUACUUUGCACAUUUUAUAGCAGGGAAAUAUUAUUUACAACAUUGCUAAAUUAGAUAGAUAGCCAUCUUUCAACACUCCCUGGUCUCCCCUGCAAGAAUACCUAGGUGAUAGUGACUGGUACAGCCAGAACACACCAGCUUCCAAAAAGACCAUAAGCUCUUACACAAUCUAGAAGUGAUGCAACAAAUUUCAUAGUUUAGCUGUCAGGUAGAGGAUGGUUUGAAAGAGAGCUAGAUGGGGGAUGGGCAUUAAACAUUAUGGCCAAUUCCGAAAUAUUUCCUCCUAUAAUUAACAGCUGUAUCUCUGUGUAGCCUAUCAGAUUCCAAGAGGCAUCCGCAUCUAAAUGAAAAUAACGCGUGUGCUUUUGCUAAUCCUCAUCUGUCCUUUUUAUCUGCUGGACUCAUAGCAGUCAGAUCACUAUGGGACAUCGGAGCAGAGAGACGAUGACAUGCUGCUUAUUUUUCCCAUAAUUGCAAGUGGAUGGUUCUUUAUUAAAACGACGUUCGGCGGUGUUUUGCUGACACUAGUAGCGAAAUGUCUCUUACCGUCUUUUUGAGUCUGCUACUGGCAUCUGGUGGCUUUCCACUUGUUCGGAGCACCUGUCCUACCCAAUGCAGCUGCUUUUAUCAUAACCUAAGUGAUGGAUCAAGAGCGAGGAGCGUGAUUUGCAACGAUCCCGAGAUUUCCCUGGUGCCUGCCACGUUCCCAGGCGACACCUCGAAACUUCGGAUUGAAAAGACUGCCAUCAAGAGGAUCCCGAGCGAGGCUUUUAGCUAUCUCUCCAACUUAGAGUUCCUUUGGAUGUCUUUUAACGUUUUAUCCUCUCUCAACUCGGACAGUUUCCGGGGCUUGUACAGUUUAGAGGAACUAAGGCUCGAUGGAAAUUCGCUCACUUCGUUUCCGUGGGAAUCCCUCAUGGACAUGCCCAGUCUGAGGCUACUCGAUAUACACAACAACCAGCUGUCCUCAGUACCAUCUGAUGCUUCUCUCUACAUGAAAAAUUUAACCUACCUGGAUUUAUCCAGCAAUAAUCUGCAGACAGUGCCAUCUGAGGUCCUCAAUACUUGGUUGACAGUCAAACCCAUCCAGGGAGCAGAAAGUUCAAAAAUGAUUCUUGGUCUUCAUGACAACCCCUGGUUGUGCGAUUGUCGCUUAUAUGACCUGGUCCAGUUCCAGAAGUCUCCCAGUCUAUCGGUGGCCUUCAUUGACACCAGGCUCAGGUGUGCUGAUCCAGAAAGCCUCUCUGGUGUUCUGUUUAGCGAUGCCGAGCUCAGGCGCUGCCAGGGCCCUCGCGUCCACACGGCCGUAGCUCGUGUGCGGAGCGCAGUGGGCAACAAUGUCUUGCUGCGAUGCGGAACUAUUGGGGUUCCCAUCCCUGAGCUGGCCUGGAGAAGGGCAGAUGGGAAGCAACUGAAUGGGACAGCUCAGCUGGAGAAUUCGAAGGAGGGAAUAGUUUGGUCUAUUUUGAGCGUGCCUGCCGUGUCCUAUCGUGACACGGGAAAAUACAUCUGCAAAGCAACGAAUUAUGCAGGGAGUGCAGAAGCCGUCAUUUCUUUGAUUAUAAGUGAUGCACCCAAAGCUGAGAAUCCAACUGUGGAGCCAAAAACCAAAGUGAAGUCCAAGAAGCCAAACCCAAUAGUCAAGGCAGCCUAUCAAGAAAAACACAUCGCCACGUUUGUUUCUCCAACGCCGAACAAUGCGCUACAACCCGGUGCCACCGGGAGCUACACAGGCCCAUAUCCAGGUAUGGAAAGCGACAAUGCUGCGAACAGUCGGACGAAUACCCAAACGGCCAGUCCUGAUGGGUUCCUAGAAACCAAUCUGAGCAACCUGGCUGCGAACACGUCCUCGCUGCAGCAAGAUCCCGACAGGGUUGUGCGCUCUGUUAAAGUGAUUGGCGAUACGGACUACACUGUGUGUUUGAACUGGAGGGCGCCGACUGCCAAGAACACUACGGCUUUCAGCGUCCUCUACGCCGUGUUUGGCGAGAGGGAUAUGCGCAGAAUUAACGUCAGUCCAGGCAACAACCGGAUCAUCAUCGAGGGACUGGUUCCAAAAACCAAAUACAUCGCCUGCGUGUGCGUCAAGGGGCUGAUCCCCAGAAAGGAGCAGUGUGUAAUCUUCUCAACAGAUGCGGCGGCAAGCGCUAAUGGAACCCAAAAGCUCAUUAAUGUAGUAGUAAUCACGGUUGCCUGCGUGAUAGCCGUGCCUCUGACUGUGAUCGUGUGCUGCGGGGCACUUAAGAGGAAAAUCAAGAAGUUUCUGGGCAAGAAGUCCAAAGACAUUCAGGACUCAUAUGUGACGUUUGAGACUCUGUCUCCCAGCACCAAGGCUAAAGGCUUGGAGGGGGAAUAUCUCAACAGACUGAAUGCAGAAGAGUCCAACAGACUGCUGUCAGCCCGGUCCAGCCUAGACUCGGAGUCCACGGCCAAGAUUGAGGGACAACCCAACGAAUACUUCUGCUGACAAUAUCCCUCAGCCACAAUUCCACCACGCAGCCACCACAGUAUCCAGGCCCAGCCGCAGUACCUGAGUGCACAUAAUCUGUACCAGCAGUACAUGACUGGCCAUCCAUGAAGAAGUUUCUGGAUACUUAGCAUAAGUAGCAAAGUGCACAAGCGAAGACUUUUAUGUUCUCUUGAUAACGUUGCUCUUUGUUACUGUGCUUUUGGACUUGGUUCUAAACUAAGCCUUUGGCUGGUGGUGGGGUUGUGGCUGAGCAAUCCCAGGAACAUGUAGAUAUAGACUUUUACCCCUUCUGACAGUGCUAGGAGGAACUGAUUCAAAGGGAAAUGUUCAUAUGAAUUCUUGUCUAUUUGUAUAUAUGGAAAAAAAUCUAUUAAUAUGUAAUAAUACUAAUAUAUGUGUAAUAUUAGUCAGGUGUAAUACAAUGAAAACAUAUUGCUUUUCAUACACUGAAAAAAAAAGAAUCAACCGUUAAGAGAUCAUGUGCGAACAGGACAGUUUCAGAAAUACCGGUAAAUUUGUUUUGGUAAUUUACUGGUAUGAGAACUUGUACCAUUACAAGUAAAUUACAGGUAAUGUGCUCUGUGUGAACACAGAACGAGAUUAAGGGUAUGAGCACGUAUGAGUUCAGGAAAUGCUGAUAUAAGACAUCAACUCUGCACCAAUCAUAACAUUAUGACGCAGAUAACGCAUUUACUCCAUGCUGUGUAGUUUAGUUUAAAGUUUUCUAAUAUCAUAGCUGUGUCCGAAAUCUUUCACUCGUUCACUCAUUCACUAAUCCCUAUAUAGUGUAUGGCAGUUGAGUGCACUAUAUAAGAAGAAUGAACGGUGGAUGGCAACGAAAAAAAAAAAAAUCUUCGUACUUUUAUCUUACAUGUACCUUAUUUUAGAAAAUAAUUUUAAUAACAAUAACAAUUCAAACUUGCCUGCUCCUGCUCUCUUUUCCAGCUCGCUAUUUCUCUGCAUUGGAUUGUGGGAAUAGUGCUUUGGCGAAUGUACAUUGGUUGUACACCUAAAAUCAGAAUGCAUUGUGGGUAUAAGGCUAUGUUUACACUAGUGUGUUUUUGUUUAAAAAUGCAUAACUUUUGCUACCAAUACACCUAUUGUUUAUAGUACUCCGGCGUUUUUGACCCUCAAAAACUGACACUUUCGAAAAUGCUGCAGACCGCGUUUUAGCUUUCAAACUCUGAGGUUGCAUUUCAGUUUAAAUUGCCCAAAAUUAGACUUUUGAAAAUGACGGCAAGGCUGCCAGCAUUCACUCUGCAUAUCCUUGACGACUAUGUAAAUAAAAACAUCAUGCUCAUGCUCACUUCGGAGGCUCAUUUUAAAAAAGUAACCGUUAAAUUGCAAAGUAAAAAAUGAAAUUACAGUAUUUUUACACCCCAAGGAAUAACAGUCAAUAAUUUUAUUACAGUUACUCACCUUGAAUAAGAAUAAGCCUGAAAAAAAAACUGCAUACAUUAGUGACAUGCAUUUUUGGUUGUGUAGUAUAGACAGAUUUUUUGAAAUGCAGUAAAAACACCAGUGUAGACAAGGUUUUCAUUUUAAAACAAAAACGCACUAGUGUAAACAGGGUCAAGGAAUGUUGGGAAUUAAGUCGUUCACUCAAAAUUCGCACAGCUCAACAAAAUGUCUGACACCUGAUAUAGUGCACUAUAUAGGGGAUAGGGAGCGGUUUCGGACACAGCUCAUGUCCCAUGGGCCAAAAGCAUCUGCAUAAAUAUGAACGUUUGAUGCAAAAUUGAAAACAUCAACAAAAUGCUGACCACGUUUACAAGCACAACACUGGGAGAUGCAGCCGUUUAGACAUCAUUUCCAGUUAAUGAUGUCACAGAAUUUACAGGUAUUUUGAAAUUGACGUGUGAAUGGUGCUUUACCGGUAAAAGACGGAACAACUUUUUUGUAUUUACCUGUAAAGUCAUUCCAGUAAUUUUAUGCCAAGUUACCAGUAUUACUGUGUGAAAGGGGCUAUGGAACUCAACAUUAAAUCAUGUUUUCUCCGAUAAUCUUUAUGUACAACUUUUAAAAAUAUUUUUUACAUUGUAUGCACCAUGUGUAUGUGACAUUUCUGUUUACCAUGUGAAACUUGUGCCACCUGAACCAUUCAGAACUUUUCUGUCCCAGGUUGCUCAGUA